AUGUCAACGUACAAUGAGUCCGUGGGCGAGGUCGACAUUAUCUUCGCCGGAGGCGGAACCGCUGCCUGUGUAGCCGCUGGGCGACUCGCGAAGGCGAACCCAGAAUUGAAAAUCCUCCUUGUUGAGGGCGGGAAGAAUAACUUCAAUAACCCUACAGUUACCAAUCCAGCUGUGUUCCUGAGCCAUCUUGCUCCUGACAGCAAGACAGCUUUGUUCUACAAGUCCAAGAAAUCUGAACACCUCAAUGGGAGAGAGGCUGUUGUCCCCAUGGGAGGCAUACUGGGCGGUGGAUCGUCGAUCAAUUUUAUGAUGUAUACGCGUGCCCAGGGAAUUGAUUUCGACAGCUGGAAUACUCCAGGAUGGUCGGCGAAGGAGAUGAUUCCGCUGUGCAAGAAGCUGGAGACAUAUCACCCUGGGGGUACGAAUUUUGAUCCAAGCAACCAUGGUCAUGGUGGCCCUAUCCACGUCUCGGACGGUGGGUACCGAGGCAAGAGCGAGAAUCAGUUUAUAGAUACGGUAAAGAAGAUGGGGUACAAGGAGUUUGAUGAUUUACAGGAUUUUGAAUCUUGUGGGGGUUUCGGGAAAUGGGCAAGGUAUGUGAGCCCGGAGGGAAAGCGACAGGAUGCUGCCCAUCGCUAUAUCCAUCCUCUUCUCCAGUCCGGAGACUAUCCCAAUCUCCACAUCCUGGUAGAAUCCAAAGUCGUUCGGGUGCUUUUCGAUGAGUCGUCGCCUCCACGAGCCACUGGUAUAGAAUAUAUCGCCAAUCCAGAACAUCAACCUCAAACAGCGCUCUCGAAACCAGACCCCAAAACUAUCACUGCGAAGAAGCUAGUAGUAGUUACUGCCGGCGCUCUCGGAACCCCACAAAUUCUGGAGCGUUCGGGAGUGGGCAAUCCUGAAAUCCUUCGAAAGCUUGAUAUCCCCGUGGUGGCUGAUGUGCCAGGCGUGGGAGAGAACUACCAGGAUCACCACCUACUUUUGUAUCCUUAUAAGACCAACCUUGAGGAAGGGGAGACUCUGGAUACCAUUCUUAGUGGACGUAAAGAUUUCGUCAAGGCUCUGGAGGCGAAGGAUCCCUUCCUUGGAUGGAAUGGAAUUGACGUCGCAGGCAAAAUCCGCCCCACAGAAUCAGAAAUUGCCUCCAUGGGCCCAGACUUCCGAAAGGACUGGGACCGCGAUUUCGCUCCCUACCCCACGAAACCACUAAUGCUCUACGGCGUCGUGAAUGCCUUCCUAGCAGAUCCCUCCCUCGUUGAAGCAGGCCAAUACGUAACCAUGGGUAAUUACACGGCAUACCCGUACUCGCGGGGCUCCAUCCACAUAACAUCUAAAGACGACGUGGUCACUGGCUACGAAUUCGACAACGGUUUCCUCAACCACCCGUCCGAUCUAAAGAAGCAGGUCUGGGCCUACAAGACGAUCCGGGAAAUCGCCCGCCGGCUCCCGUAUUCUAAGGGCGAGCUCGCAAUGGGACAUCCACAGUUUAAGGAGGGGAGUAAGGCGGCGCUCUCGGAGGUGGCUGCAGGCCCAAUAGAGAAUAUCGAGUAUAGUGCGGACGAUGAUGAGGUUAUUGAGAAUUUUAUUAGGGAGAAUUUGAAUACCACGUGGCAUUCGUUGGGGACGUGUGCGAUGCGGCCGAAGGAGGAUGGAGGGGUUGUUGAUGGGGAGUUGAAUGUUUAUGGGACGAGCGGCUUGAAGGUUGCUGAUUUGAGUAUGGUGCCGGAGAAUGUGGCCGCUAAUACUAAUAACACGGCGCUGGCUGUGGGUGAGAAGACGGCCGUGAUUAUUGGGAGAGAAUUGGGUCUUACUGUCUAG